AAAAAGCUCUACAAGUAGUCUAACAACCACCAUGGAUCUCUCCUCUCUCCGCCCCACCACUUGAAAGUUCAAACCUCACAUUAUCUCCACCCAAAUUCUCUUCUUCUCCUUUUUUUUUAGUUCCCUUGUUCUCUCUCUCUUUCCCAUUAUUUCCCUGAUCGUACGCCCUCUCGAAAAGACCGAAUAUGUCAAUGACCACGGCAUCUGCAGCUGUUGGAUCAGUCUGUUUUCCAAGAUCAAGGAUUAGGGGCUCAUCCUUCCAUCCAAGGAUGUCUAUCCGAUCUAGCGGAAGCAGCACAGACACACUGUCUUCUGUAACUCAAAUCUUAACCAAGUUACACAAGGAUUGUGCUACACCUGUCCCUGUAUUGCGCCACGUAGCGGAUUCUAUGGCCAAUGAUAUGAGAGCUGGACUUGCUGUUGAUGGUAGCAGUGAUCUCAAGAUGAUCCUUAGCUAUGUUGAUGCUCUCCCCACCGGGAAUGAGAAAGGAUUGUUCUAUGCAUUGGAUCUUGGUGGAACGAAUUUCCGGGUGUUGAGAGUGCAAUUGGGUGGAACGGAUCAACGUGUAAUUGCUACUGAAGCUGAGCAAGUCUCAAUUCCACAGGAAUUAAUGUUUGGUACCUCUGAGGAACUCUUUGAUUUCAUAGCUUCUGGUUUGGCAAAAUUUGCUGAAAAAGAGAAUGGAGAAUUCCAACUGUCACAAGGAAGAAACAGAGAACUUGGAUUCACAUUUUCUUUUCCAGUAAAACAAACAUCUAUAGAUUCGGGUGUUCUGAUCAAGUGGACAAAAGGUUUUGCGGUUUCAGGAACGGCAGGAAGAGAUGUAGUAGCCUGUUUAAAUGAAGCUAUGAAGAGGCAAGGGUUAGAAAUGCAAGUCUCAGCUUUGGUUAACGAUACAGUUGGAACUUUAGCGGGCGCAAAGUACUGGGAUAAUGAUGUCAUGAUCGCUGUGAUCUUGGGAACAGGAACCAAUGCUUGUUAUGUGGAGAGGACGGAUGCCAUCCCUAAGUUGCCUGGCCAAAUAUCAAAGUCGGGAACAACUAUAAUUAAUACUGAAUGGGGAGCAUUUUCAACUGGACUUCCCUUGACUGAAUUUGAUAGGGGAAUGGAUGCUGCGAGCAUUAAUCCUGGUGAGCAGAUAUUCGAGAAAACAAUAUCAGGUAUGUACCUCGGCGAGAUUGUGAGGAGGGUGGUAUUGGAAAUGGCUGAAACAGGUUCUCUGUUUGGAAGUAGCAUCCCGGAAAAACUGCAAACACCUUUCUCACUCAGAACCCCACAUAUAUGUGCUAUGCAGCAGGACACGACAACAAAUUUGGAUGCAGUUGGCUCAAUUCUUUUCAAUGAGGCAGGAAUUGAAUCAAACAUGGGAGCUAGGAAAAUGGUCCUAGAAGUUUGCGACACAAUAGCUAAGAGAGGUGGGCGAUUGGCCGGAGCAGGAAUUGUGGGUAUUCUGCAAAAAAUGGAAGACGACAUGGAAGGACUCAUUUUUGGGAAGCGGACUGUUGUGGCAAUGGAUGGAGGGUUAUAUGAAAACUACCCUCAGUACAGAACCUAUCUCCAGGAUGCAGUUACCGAUCUUUUAGGACCAGCAUUGUCAGAAAACAUAGUAAUCGAACAUUCAAAAGAUGGUUCUGGGAUUGGAGCAGCUCUAUUAGCUGCUGCAAACUCCAAGUAUAAACCAUGAUCUCAGUUGUUUAUCCUCAUCCCUUUUCUUCUAUUUCUUUCCGCUGUUAUUAUUUUGUAAAGAUCCGUAUUGAAGAUCACAUUUUGUGCACUAGCUAUUCUCUUCUAGUCAUAUACUCACAUAUAGCGUUAAAAUUUUGAACAAAUCGUAUACAACACCAUUCUUAGGGUGCGUUCUCUUAA